AAAAGGUUGUUCAUUUUCGUUGAUGUAAGACUCUUGCUUGUCACGUGACAAACCCGGAAGCCAACGAAGUAGCAAAAUGCCUGCUUAUCAUUCCAAGUUCACAGCGCCACCAAAGUUGGUUGGAAACAUGGCUCUUUUGCCAUUGCGUACAAGCUACAAAGGACCAGCUCCAAAGGACACUACAGACUUUGACAUCAUAGAUGAGGCUAUAUACUACUUCAAAGCAAAUAUUUUCUUCAGGACAUAUGAAAUUAAGAGUGAGGCUGAUAGGACAUUAAUAUACAUCACACUUUACAUCAGUGAAUGCCUGAAAAAAUUACAAAGGUGUCAGUCAAAGAAUGAUGGCCAGAAAGAGAUGUACACGCUGGGCAUCAUAAACUACCCAAUCCCUGGAGAGACAAAGUUCCCACUGAAUGCCAUGUUCGCGAAGCCUUCGAGCAAGGCUGAGGAAGAAACUAUGCGAUCGUACCUACAGCAGAUCAGACAGGAGGUCGGUGUGCGCAUGUGUGAGAAAGUCUUCGACCCACAGACUGAUAAACCCUCCAAGUGGUGGAUGUGCUUUGUGAAACGAAAGUUCAUGGAAAAAAGUCUAUCAGCUCCUGGCCAUUAGAACAUCAUAAGAGGAUUAGAACAAUUGCGAAAUGUUGAUAUUUUCAUACGAAUUAUGUUUAUUAACUUGCUUUUAAACAAGUCUCAUUCAUGAAUAAAAUAUCUAUCAGUGCUAACGAUAUUACACAUUCCGACCAGACAUGGAUUAAUGUGCAAUGACUGUUUGUAAGCAUUCUGAAAGUGUCAAUGAGCAGGUAUUGUUGCGACAUCUGUUUUGUUUUGUUCAUAUAACAUAUAUGGUUUGGCAUUCAAGUGUAAAAAAGAUUUUCUUAAUUUCAGCCUCUUUCGUUGUUCAAGGUAUGCCUUACUGAAUAUGCUCUAUAGUAUUGUAUAAAUUUGGCUUACUAGGUAUUAUACUUCACUUUUCAUACAUACAUACAUGUACAUGUAUAUACGAUAACUUAAAAUGAAUAAAAAAUCUAUAUUAAUA